AGUCUAUUGUGAAUGGUCCGUAUUAUCAUACACGUGAAUGACAAACUAGUUCUGUCAAAGAAUUUAACCAAAAAUAACACUCCGAGAGGUUAAACUACCACAAAUCCGUCAGCGAUCAAUUGUUUACUCGCAAAUUCUAACUGCCCAAAAAUGAGGAACCUCGAAUUGCUCUACAACCGAACGUUAACAUUACCAAUAGCUUCAACGGUUCGUUUCGCAUUAAAUACCAACGAAAAUGGUGUGGCCUACGUUGCAACAAACACCGAAUUGUAUCGAUGCAAUCUACAAACGAGUGAUGUCAAACAAAUUCAUGCCACCGACGACCAAAUUAUCGGAAUGGAAUAUCUGUCGCUGAAUGACGAGAUAUGUAUCGCAACUAGUCAGGGUGACGUUAGCAUAUUCAAUCUCCGUCUGGAAACGUGUGAAAAUGUUACGUUCUGCGAUGGUGGCAUCGAACAAAUGAGCUGGAGUCCCGAUCAAGAAAUCGUUGCGUUCGUCACUCAAUCGAAACAGCUGGUGGUCAUGAACAGUAUGUACGAUCCCAUAUCCGAGGGUGCACUGGAUGAGCAAUGUUUCGGUGUUAAUGAGUUUGUCAACGUUGGUUGGGGCAAAAAGGAGACACAGUUUCACGGUACGGAAGGAAAGGAAGCGGCCAAGAAGACGACUGACGUUGGUGUUUCGUUGGAUGUGGGAAAAAUCGACAAAACCAUUAGCAUUGUGUGGCGCGGUGACUGUGAAUAUUUUGCAGUUAGCUUUGUCGGCGAACAGGGACGGAUGUUCAAGGUGUUCGAUAAGGAGGGAGCGCUGCAAUUUACAUCCGAAAAAUGUAGUGGAUUGGAGGCACCGGUUUUCUGGCGUCCGUCUGGAUCAUGGAUAGCAAUGCCGCAAAUUUUACCGAACAAGUAUGCAAUCGCGUUGUUCGAGAAGAAUGGGCUAAGGCAUCGGGAGAUUAUUUUACCAUUCAAAGCCAACGAGGAACCAAUAAAGAAAUUGUCCUGGAGCAGCGACUCUGACGUACUAGCUGUGGAGACAUUCAAUCAUUCUGCUCAAAAAUGCUUCAUUUACCUGUACACGAUCUGCAAUUACCAUUGGUACAUGAAGCAAUGUCUGCAGUUCGACAGAUCCGUAGUGGAUUUCGUUUGGGAUGCUAAAUUUUCAGAAGGGAAGUCGUUGAAUGUUCUUCUCGAUGAUGGCACGUACAACAUUUAUCGAUGGGAGUUUUCUGUGAAUCACACAAACGGUCAGAGUACCAAAGAUCCGGCUGUUGUUUCCGUAAUCGAUGGAUCGAAAGUCCUGCUAACAGAUUUCCGUCAAGCAGUCGUUCCUCCACCCAUGUGCACCACAACGAUUGACUCAAAAAAUCCUAUCAAUUUCGUUGGAUUCCUCACAUAUGGUGCGGUUCAUGACCAGUCCAGCCUAUUUUCGAUCGAUUCACUUGGAACAUUGACCACAUAUAGCAUCCAGAAGGAAGGUAAAUUGGAAGUGGUGCGUUCGAACGAAAUCAGUACGGAAGUGAAUGGACGAGUUCCAUUGCUGGUUCACCAUUGGGUGUGGUUGAAUGACGACACAUUCAUCGCUACUCAGAAUGUGGAUUCUACCGAAUCGAAUGUCUUAGUUUACAAGACAGCUGAAGGGAAGCUGGAGCAGCGUCAUUCCUUGAAAAUGAGUGACAAUGUCAUCAACAUUAUAGCCUCUAGUAAUGAUAGUGUGGUUGUACAAGUCAGAUCCGGAUCGGUGUAUGAAUUAAAAGUCAUGGACGACGGAUCAUUGGAACAAACUGCUGAGCUGUUCAAACUACCGGAGUUCUGCGAAAAGGCUUUGAUUUAUCGGAAUGACAAGACGUUGGACGUUUAUUCACUCAAAUCGAAGCAAAGUCUGUUCUGCAACGAUCGUAAAAUCGCAUCCGACGUCACCUCAAUAUUUAUGACCGAACGAUAUUUGGGUUUCACCACACUGGACCAACUAAAGUUUGUCCGGCUGGCUGACCGUGAAAUCGUCAGCGAUCGACGAAUGGAACGUGGCGGAAAAUUGGUAACUGUGUUACCGAAAGGAUCUCGUACAAUUCUGCAGAUGCCGCGCGGUAAUCUGGAAGCUAUUCAACCGCGAGUUCUGUCACUUUGCAUAAUUGGUGAACUAUUGGACGUCAGUGAAUACAAGAAGGCGUUUGACAUACUGCGGACACAACGAAUCAAUUUGAACAUUUUGGUCGAUCAUAAUCCAACGAAAUUUUGCGGUGAAAUUGAACUGUUCAUCGACAGUAUCGAUAACUCGCAGUGGCUGAGUUUGUUCUUAUUCGAUUUGCAAGAUGCUGAUGUUACAGAAACUAUGUACAGCAGUAAUUACACCGCGACCGGUACGGUCAGCAAAGACAAAUCGUUUUUCGAUAACAAAAUUAAGAUAAUUUGCGGUCUCGUCUGUGACGCGUUAAGCGCUAAAAAAUCGUCAGAAUCAAAAUUCAUUCUGCCCACCAUCACGGCUUAUGUGAAACAAAAUCAGUUCGAGUCAGCUCUGACGGUAAUUAGUGACUUGAGGAAGCAAAGUCAAUCGAAUAAUUCCAACGGCAAAACUGACGGUAAGGACAUUGACGCUCAAGCAGCUCUAAAGUAUUUACUGUAUUUGGUCGACGUGAAUCAACUGUACGACGUGGCUUUGGGCAUGUACGAUUUUGAUUUGGUGUUGUUUGUCGCAGCCAAAUCGCAAAAGGAUCCGAAGGAGUAUCUGCCAUUCUUGAACGAACUGAAACAACUGGACGAAUCGUAUCGGAAAUUCCGAAUUGAUUCACACUUGAAACGUUACCACAAAGCGUUGCGACACAUUGUCACCUGCGGCGAGGACAGAUUCGACGAAUGCUUGCAAAUGGUCAACAGUCAAAAUUUGCAUGCUGAAGCGAUGCGCUUGUAUGAAGGACAACCGGAGUGCUAUCGAAAGAUUACGCAAGAAUAUGCGGAAAUAUUGAGAACAUCGGGCAAGGCACGAGAUGCGUGUUUAAUGUAUGAACGUUGCGGAGACUUCCAACAGGCGAUGCUCAGUGCUAAGCAUAUCUUAGACUGGGAGAAAUGUUUAACUUUGGCGAAACAGGCAGACCUGACGGAGAGUAAUGUGAAUCAGUUGAUAGCGUCGUUGAUCCCAGCUUUGAAGGAAAGUGGAAACUAUUCAGAUGCAGCAUACCUCGCACACAGUCAUUUGAAUGACAUAGACCUUUCCAUCCAAAUUCUGUGUGACGGAAGACUGUAUCCUAAGGCAUUGUACAUCGCUCGACUACAUCAAGAACAUUCGAUUGACGCAACCAUUAAGCCACAUCUGAAACAGUACGCUCUUCACUUGACACAAACCGUUCAAACCGAUUCCGACAAAUUUGUGCAACAAAAAUCUCGCCUCGCAACGGUUCGGACCGAGAAAUUGAAACGGAAACUGGAAAACGAUUGCGAAGACAUCGAUGACAAUGACAUGUUUUCGGACACCAGCAGCAUGAAUUCGUCCCGCUUCUCGAACAGUUCACGCGGAACGGCCAAAACUCAUCGGUCCAGUAAAAAUCGCCGGAAACACGAGCGAAAGCUACUCAAUCUGAAAGAGGGCAAUCCGUUCGAAGACAUUGCACUGAUCGACGCCCUGCACAAUUUGGCGGUGAGUACAUUCGAACAGCAAAAGUCAAUACGCAUCGUAUGCCGGACGUUGGUGGACCAAGGAAUGGAUGAAGAAGGUAUCGAAUUGCAGCGCGUAUUCGGCAAGGCUUUGUCGAUCAUCCGAGAUUCGUUGGAUGAAAUUUGGAUCGCUGAGAUGAUAACACCGGGACAAAUUGUCAACGAUGGAACCGUCGACUAUGAGACGUUGCAAGACAAUCAACACUACUCACUGAUAAAUCUCCAUCAACGAUUCAAACCGCAACUGAAAUCGAUCGACUGGGAACUGGAUAUCCUUCGUGUAAAAUGAAACGCUAAAAUCGAAAUAAAAAUGGAAUUUUAUUGC